AUGGUGCUAAAGGGCGGCGAAGUUGCUGAGCACAACAGCGCAAAGUCGUGCUGGGUUAUUGUUCACGGUAAAGCCUAUGAUGUGACCGAGUUUCUACCAGAACAUCCUGGCGGUCAAAAGAUCAUCCUCAAAUACGCUGGCAAAGAUGCCACCGAGGAAUAUGAGCCCAUUCAUCCUCCAGACACCCUUGACAAGUACCUCGAUGCCUCCAAGCAUCUCGGUCCCGUCGACAUGGGCACCGUCCAGCAGGAGGCGAAGGAGGUAGACCCCGACGAGGAGGACCGUCUGCAGCGCAUUGAGCAGAAGCCUCUCCUGUCGCAAUGCUACAACCUCUUUGACUUUGAGGCUGUUGCCCGCCGCGUUAUGACCAAGACUGCUUGGGGUUACUACUCCAGCGCUGCUGACGAUGAGAUUACAAUGCGCGAGAACCACAGCGCAUUCCACCGCAUAUGGUUCCGUCCUCAGAUCCUCGUUGAUGUCGAGCACAUUGACUUCUCUACCACCAUGCUUGGCACAAAGACCGAUAUCCCCGUCUACGUGACAGCCACAGCCCUUGGAAAACUGGGUAACCCAGAGGGCGAAGUCGUCCUUACUCGCGCCGCAGCAAAGCACAACAUUAUCCAGAUGAUCCCCACGCUUGCAUCCUGCUCGUUCGACGAGAUCAUCGACGCUAAAGCUGGCGACCAGGUCCAGUGGCUGCAGCUCUACGUCAACAAGGACCGUGCCAUCACCAAGAAGAUCGUGCAGCAUGCCGAGAAGCGCGGCUGCAAGGGUCUAUUCAUCACUGUUGAUGCGCCCCAGCUGGGUCGCCGUGAGAAGGACAUGCGCUCCAAAUUCACUGAUCCCGGAUCCCAUGUCCAAGAAGGCCAGGAGACGGACUCUAGCCAGGGCGCGGCCCGAGCCAUCUCGACUUUUAUCGACCCUGCACUGAGCUGGAAGGAUAUCCCUUGGUUCCAGAGCAUUACAUCCAUGCCCAUCAUCCUGAAGGGCGUCCAGCGCGUCGAAGACGUUCUUAAGGCUAUCGACUAUGGCUGCCAGGGUGUCGUGCUUUCCAAUCACGGCGGCCGUCAGCUCGAAUUCGCGCGAUCCGCCAUCGAAGUCCUCGCCGAGACCAUGCCCGUCCUCCGCGAGCGCGGUCUGGAGAACAAGAUCGAGAUUUUCAUCGACGGCGGAAUCCGUCGUGGAACCGACAUCCUCAAGGCUCUCUGCCUGGGAGCCCGUGGCGUCGGCAUCGGACGACCAUUCCUGUACGCCAUGAGCGCGUACGGCGAGGCGGGUGUCACGCGUGCCAUGCAGCUUCUCAAGGACGAGCUGGAGAUGAACAUGCGACUCAUUGGCGCGAACACUAUCAAGGACUUGCAUCCUGGUAUGCUUGAUCUUCGGAGUGCGUUCCAGCACGCUGCUGUGCCGUCCGAUAACCUGUCGUCUUCGGUUUACGAUCCUCUGGCUGUACCGGCUCAGAGACCCAAAGCUGGACCUAGCCAGGAUGUUCCUAAGGCUAAGCUGUAG